UGGAACCGGAAAAAAUAAUAUUGGGACCGAUGACGAUAACGAAGCUGGAGGGUAACGUGGACGUUGGUCAAAUGGACAGUAUCGCCAUUAAUUGUUAUCCGGAAUUCGUGGGCUCCCAAGACGAGCAGAUCGUACUCGUCGUUCCCGAUACCAUACCCGAAGACAAAGACGGGAAGAUAAUCACUUUAACGGUGACCUCGUCCAUCCCUUGCAUCGAUUUUCACAACUUCGACGCGAUGUUUCACGAAAACCACGUGGUCGAAAGAAUUCAAGACUUCGAGUAUUCCAACGAUAUCGGCCCGCACACCGUGUUUGCCCGUCAAGAGAGGUGUCUCUACUUCCAGUACAUCAGCGUGCAGAGUACUCACAUGGCUUGUUUCAAAUUGUUCAAUUACGGCAUAGUGCCCGUGAACAUAAGUAUCGAGCUCAUAGAAGACUCGUUGUUACCCGAUAUGACAAGGUUCAACGUGUUCAUCAUAGAGCCGAUGUACGAACAGAUCCUUCCCAUGAACCACAAAGUGUUCACCGUGUCCUUCACUCCGAGCACCAUAGAGACGUUUCGCGCGAAAUUUCACGCAAGAGUUGUUUUGCCCCCGCAUCUGGAAGGGGACGAGCUGACAGUGCAAUUGAUAGGGGAAUCUUGCGUGCCGGAAGUGGCGAUCACGGAGCCGAUCCAUGCAAUACGGGAAACACCUUGCUUGAACUUUCCACGCACGUUGAUCGACGAAGGCACUUGCAAAUACUUCACAUUGGAGAACGUCGGAUUCAUCAAGGCGAAAGUGAUCGUUGAAAUAAUGGAGGAUCCGAACAACGUGUUCACUUUCUUCCCUUGCCCGGACACGCAGCAUUUGUUGCAAAUUUUGGAAGAGUAUUGCAACGAGCCGUACAAUCGAUGCACCGUGAUACGCUUGGGGACCAAAGACGUGGCGCGUUUUAAAACGACGUUUGCGCCCGAAAGAAUCGGAAAGUUCUACGGGAAAAUUCGUUUGCACGUGAUCGAUAAUCCUUACGAGAAUCUAACGAUCAAUCUGGAGGGGGAUUGUUACGUGGAGGCGAUCGUGUUGGAAGGUCUUCCCCUCGAUGACAAUAAACUUAGAACGUCGAAUAUGGGCAAUCGAGAAAAUUACAGGCGGAAAUUAACGUCCAGGCAGACCUCCUUGUCAGAGUCGAACAAUCAAACGGUGUAUUUGCCCUAUCUCACCUAUGUUCUCGACUACGGGCUUUGUUUCGUUAGUAAAAUGUAUAAAAAAACGUUUAAGAUCAUCAACAAAACAACGGACCGAUGGUUCCGUUUCCAAUGGGGUUUGCAUAAUCACGUUGUGUUCGAGCCAUCCACUGGGCAUGUAAAGUAUCUCACGUUCAAAGAGAUCGUCGUUACUUUCUUGGCAACGGAGCCCAAAAUUCACCAGAACACUCCUAUCGAGUGUUCGAUAUGCGAAAUACUGGUAGAGAAUCCGGAUGAUGAAAUUGCAUGGGACGACAGGCAAACGGAAGUGCAAUGGAGAAAGAUAUAUUACGACUCAUCGAUGAAUGACGAUUUAUUGAAGAAGAUCGUGGAACCGACCAUGGAGUCGAUUCACAACAUCGUCCCUGGAACGACGAAAAUUCUUCAACUCCUGUUAAACGCCAACGUUGCGUAUUCGGAAUACUCGUGCAUGGUUGAAGAAAUAUUUUUCAAAGAUACCUUGAUGUAUCAGACCAGGGAGUAUACGUUCACCAUAACGAAUCCAGGUGUCGUGAACAUGAUGUACAUAUGGAAGAUAAACAUGGACGAGCAGUACCCGAAGAGAUACCUUGGGGAGAGUUCAAACGUGAAUUCGAGGCAGAAAAUAUCGGAAUCCUCGAGUCACGUUUCGAAAUCGUUCAGGGGAACAUUGUCCGCGAUGAGUCAAAGAAACUAUUACGAGGACGACAUGAGCGCGGACGACUCAAAAUAUUUUUCACAACAAUGCACCUCGUUCAUUACUGACAGCGUGGAUAUGGGGAAAGGGUUGAGCACGACCAGGCCAUCGGAUCUGUUCAGCAGCACCGCCGGAUUGUCGGGAAGAACCACCGACAGUUGGCUGGAAGGCGACGAUUUGCCGUUCGCAAUCCACCCUGAGAUGGGGAUGAUACCGCCCGGAAAAUCCGAGGAAUGUACAUUAAAAUUCUCCCCCAAGGAUGUAUUUUAUUACAAGGCAUACCUUACGUGCAAGAUAGAGAAUCUGAAUCCGCAUCUGCCGAUCUUGAUGAUACCAGUCAUGGCGAGAAGUUUGUUACCGUACUGUCACUUCGACGUGCAGGAGAGCGAUUAUGUAUCGAGCGGGAGGCGUGACGCACACCUACCCGGUCCCGUGGGAUACGAAAUAGACGAUCCAGAUCUAUGGAGGAACAUCAGGGUAAUCGAAUUUAAAGUGAUCGGCAUCGGCGAAACCCACGUGAGAAAAUUCCACUUGGUCAACCCUACCGUGGACGAUUACCAUUUCUCGUGGAAGAAUCGAACCCUUCUUAGCGGGAUCGAGAUAUCGAAUUUUCACUGCACGGUGACCGAGGGCAUCGCUGAACGCGGGAAACGUACCGACAUGUCUUUCACGUUUUUGGCAAGCGAUAUCGGAGUCUUCGAAUCGUUCUGGCUCUUCUCCAUCGAGAGAUACAAUCUGGAAUGCCUUUUCCUGGUCGUCGGCAUCGUGACCGAACCGUUGGUGUACUGUUUGAUGGCACACGUGAAACUGAAGCCAACAAUCUUGGGAUUCAACGUGAGAGAAUCGAUAAAAUUUCUGAACAACGAGAAUUUCCACAUACCGUUCAGAGUGUUGGAAGAAUCCCUUUACUCGGAGGGUAAAUUUCAAAAGCUCAGCAUCACCCCAAUGACAGGAACCUUCGUGUCGAAGUGCGAACAGCAUCUCUGGAUCGAGUAUUAUCCAACCCGGGUCGGCGAAUUCAGAUUUUACAUUCAGUGCGCCGUGAAGCUGAUGAAAAAACCGAUUACGAUAUUAGUGAUCGCCUCCGUUUACGAUAUAUCACUCUCGGUUUCCUAUUGCUUAAACGACGAAAUCGUGACAGCUGUUAAGAAUAAGGAGAACGUUAUCGACUUUGGCAAGAUAAUACCCGAAAUACCGAUCACCGUCAAAUUCGACAUAAAGAAUACCUGCAAAGUGGCGUUCUAUUACUCUUGGGAGCUCGGCAUCACGCCAGAAAUUAUGUUCAGAAAUUCGUACACCAUAACGGUGUCUCAGAAACAAGGUCAUCUAACCAGCGAGAAUCAAUGUAGCUGUUACUUAACUUUGACAACGUUUCAGAAAAUUCACAUAAAAAAUCAUUGCGUUUUGCUGAAAAUUUCCAACGGCCUAUUUUAUAAAUUUAUACUGAAAGCGUUCUCCAAGAAGCCUGCUAUCGAAUUCAGUUUCAAUCGUUACGAUUUUGGAUAUUGUUACAUUCAGGAGAACGAAUUAGUUUCAUACAAGACGGAGCUUAUCGUGACAAAUACCGAAGACGUAUCAUACGUACUCGAAUGCAAGUACGAAAAUAAACCCUACCUCUCCAUCGAUUUGAAUUUCAUAUCUGAAGCGUUGGCCGCCCAUUCUAAGAUCACCAUACCGAUCACUUUUCGACCGCUUAAGGAGAUAAAGUACCACGAAUGUUUGGUGUUUGUGAUCAACUCGUUUCACGAGAGGAAAGUAACGAUUACAGGCGAGGGGAUCACUUAUAAAAUCUAUUUAAUGAAUUCUCGGGACAAAAUAAUCGAUCUUGGUAACAUUCUUCCUAUGAAAGUGGUGGUGAAGAAGAUCCCGAUAGUGAACAAGGGCUUGGCAUCGGCCAAAGUGAAAUUCGGGGUGAUGCAGUAUCUGGGUGGUUAUGACGAUUACUACGAAAGUCUGGGUUAUUGUAACGUGAAGCGGGAUGCUCCUAUUCUAGCUAAAGCGUCCAUCAUGGAGACCAAGCGUUCCUGGACCUUCGACAGUGUGUUGGACACCAUAGAACCGAAACUUUACGAAGUUUUGAAGAUCAAGCCGUCGACCAAUGUUAUUCUGAAACCGAAUAAGAGUAUCAACGUGAUGAUCUUCUUCAAACCCACGGCCAGGGUAAAGCCGUUCUCGAUUAAAGUCGCUCUUCAAACGAAUUCGAACAUUAUACCGUUGUUCUUGGUUCGUGGAAGUUGCGUAGGAACGGAUUUUCGCUUAAACAGAACCAAUAUUUUCUUCGGAACGGUGACUCAGGAUUGUAUCGAAGAAUCUAAGAUGAUUCUGAUGAACACCGGGGAUCUUGGAUCAAGAUUCAAAUGGAACGUAGAGAAAUUGCCGAAGGAAUUCCAAAUCAUCCCUAUGUCCGGUUACUGCUCGGUCGAUACGAAUAUCAUUUUCGUGGUGAAGUUCCAACCUUUCGAGCAAAAAAACAUAAUCGAGGGUGAGGCAUUUCUAGAAAUCGAAAAACACAAAUCUCUGAACAUUAAAAUAUCAGGAGCGUGUUGCAAAUUGCCAGAUCCCACAGACACGAUCAAUUUCGAGUCGUUCGUACGGGAAAAGCAAACCCGAUCCGUGAUCAUAAUGAACGACUCGAACGCCCCCUGGAAACUGAAGAUCGAAGUGACCGGCGAUUAUUUCUCCGCUGAGCAAUUCCUGCAAGUCCCUCCACUGCAAAUGGCUCCUUGUGUCGUCACUUAUGCGCCCAUCGUCAUGAACACCGAGAAGACGCUGCACAAGGGAUCAUUGGUAUUGAAAUGUCCGGAGGAAAACGUGUAUUUGAUAUAUAUCCUUCGUGGAAGAAGCUUGCCUCCCCAGAUUUUGGAGAAUAUUAUUCGUCGGAUCCCCGCUAAAAUGAAAUACACCGAACUUUUGCCUGUCUACAAUUGGUUGGACAGACAGCAGCGAUUUUAUUGUAAGAUCGAAUUGCUGGAAGAUUACGUUCAUGAUGCUGAUCAUCAUGAUAAGCAACAGGUUCCUAUAUAUAGUUUCGUAGGAAACGAGAAAUUCGACGUUCCAGCGAACGGUCAACGAGAUUAUCACGCUGUAUUUUAUUGCUACGAGAAGUGGAAUUUUCAUUUUAAGAUAACGUUUACCAACGAGGAACAAGAAUAUCAAUUCUACGAGAUAGAGUACGAGGUAACCGAACCGGAAGUGAUGGAAUCGAUUAAAUUGACAACAACGGUUCGAUCCGAGAUUUGUUACCCCUUGAAAUUCGAAAAUCCUUUGAAUUAUGUAAUUAGACUUAAUUCACAUUGUUUCAAUCCAUUUGUUAUCGUCAAAGUACCAAGAUUAAUGCCGCCACAAUCGUACGACUAUAUUUCUGUUUAUUUUAAUCCUCUGCUGCCUUGCGACGAGUCUGUCAUUUUGAAUAUCAAUUCCACUUAUAUGGGCCUGUUCCCAUACGAAUUGCAAUUGAAAGGUAUUUCAGCGCCUCCGGAGAACGUCACACGUGUUAACGCUUAUUUGGGAAAUAUUACCGAGUUUACGCUCAUUCUGAAAAAUUUAACCAAAGAGUUUGCCCAAUUUGUAAUACAAGUGGAUAACAAUUGUUUCACGUGUCCAGAAAUUGUCGAGGUUAACGUAGAAGACGUGUAUAUGCUCAAGGUAAUUUUCGAACCGUACGACGUUGAAAAUGUGUCCGCCACGUUGACAGCAUCCUCGAUCACCGCUGGAGAAUUCAUAUUUCCGUUGAUCGGUUCGUGCUCCCUGCCAAAGCCAAUGGGUCCUUACAUAAUCACUCAAACCUCUUUUGCUAGUAUUUCUUUCAAAAAUGUCUUCAGAAAAGUAAUGACCUUCAAUUUUAUCGUCGACGAGCCUGAUAGUUUCACGGUGAGCACGUCAUCGAUCACUUUGAAUUCAAAACAGAGUAUCGUUGUUAAUGUGAAUAUUAAGGAGACCGAGCAAUACAAAGAAGAAAAAUUUCAGGAAGAAAAGUAUCCUGUUACUGGAAAAUUAAUAGUGUACUGCACUGACCCGGAAUUUUCUCACAUUAACUGGGUAUAUUAUUUGAGAGGAAUAUUCGAAUGAUGUACAUUUUUCGUCCCAAAAAUAUUGUAAUUAUAAGCCGAAUAAAAAUUCUAUAUAUAUAUCCAAAUAAAUAUGAUAUUACGAAGAAUUCUGUGAUUAUAUUUAGUGAUAAAAGCUUUGCUGAAAAGAAUGCAUCUUAACACACCUAAAAAGGAUCGUUUCGCGUUAAGAAAGAUGACUUUGACCUUUAUCAAUUAGGAUUGAGUAAAUAUUUAAAGAAAAAAGAAAAAAGAAUCACAUCUUUCACUUUUUUCCUUGUUCUAACCUUUCUCAUUAAUCAUAAUCAUAACUAAAUAAAUAUAAAAAAAGAGAAAAAAAUUUUCUUUCGCUCAUCUUCGCUCGCUGACAUUUUCCAUCAACGUUUUCUUCUCUUCCAU